AUGGUCGUGACCAAGUCCAGAUCACAAAUGGGGAAUUAUAGAUACCUUCUGAUCGGAUUCGCAGUUUUUGAUAUGGUCUACUCCACAGCAGAGCUACUGACUCCAAUCGCGGUUUUAAACAGUGGGUACGGAUUUGUCACUUUCAUCACAGAGGGACCAUUUUUCGAAAACUUGGACUAUGGAUUGCACGCUAUCUCAUCCCGAUGUUGCUUUGUUUCUAUGAGCUAUGCGGUUUUGAUUAUUCAUUUUGUCUAUCGUUAUCUCAUAUUGUUUUAUUCUCAUCACGUAGACAAAAUGUUGAAACCUCUGGGAAUCAUUGUGAUGUUUCUGUUUCUGAUAGCUCACGGAGCAUUUUGGACUUGGAUUUGUGAAGACUGUCUAGCCCCAAAUGAAGAGAUCAGAGAUAUAAUUAGACCAGCGUUUCUGGAAGUUCAUCAUGUUGAUUCUGAUCAUAUUUCUCUACUUACUGGGCAGUAUAGGAAUGCGAGCGACUAUGUUGUCUAUAAAAGUUGGUUUGGAAUAACUGCUUUGACACUCUUUUCCAUGUAUUGCAUGACGGUAUAUUUCGUGUUGGGCUACAAAAUAAUGAGAAAAAUGAAUGAAAGUUGCAAGAUGACGAAUCGGAGUGUCAAUCUGAACCGUCAACUUUUCAAAGCACUUGUUGCUCAAACUUGUAUUCCGAUGUUUGCAAGUUUCCUACCAACUAUUAUUGCUUGGUGGAACAACUAUGUGUGCAACAUUGCUCUAUCUGCGUUCCCUUUGAUUGAUCCAAUCGUUGUCAUUUACUUCAUUCCCAACUACAAAAAUACUCUUCUUGUGUGGUGUAAACUACGGAAACCGAAAGUCGUUACAAUCACAACCUCUAUGGUUUCUGCGCCCGUCACUUAUUAA